AUGCAUUACUGCUUACUCUUAUUAUGCACUAACUUUCCUUCACAUGUGCGUGACACAAGGGUUUUGGAGCACAAGGCUUAUCUUGAGGAAAUGGAGAACGUCGCCAACGCUGACGAGACGAGUCGCAAGCUCCAUGUGUUCGGGGUGCCUAACAUCUCAGCAGAUACGUUGAAGAAAGCGUUCGAAAGGUUUGGCGAGGUGGAAUCUGCCAGCUUCGUUCUUGAAUCGCCGAAUUCGAACGUAUCCACUGGGAUCAUCAUUUUCAAAACAACGCGCGCUGCAUGUUUGGCUCUUCGUUGUGAGGAACAGAUGGUCAUUCAAUUCACGUCGAUGCCGGACAACAAGAAUGACGGGCAGACCGCUCCAGCCGCCGCGCAGUCUGCUCCAGCCGCCGGGGAGCCUGCUACAGUUGUCGAGGAGCCUGCUCCAGUUGUCGAGGAGCCUGCUUUAGUUGUCGAGGAGCUUGCUCCAGUUGUCGAGGAGUCUGUUUCACUAGUCGAGGAGCUUGCUCCAGUUGUCGAGGAGCCUGUGUUAGUUGUCGAGGAGCCUGCUCCAGUUGUCGAGGAGCUUGCUCCAGUUGUCCAGGAGCCUGUUCCAGUUGUCGAGGUGUUUCCAGUUGUCGAGGAGCCUGCUCCAGUUGUCGAGGAGCUUGUUCCAGUUGUCGAGGAGCUUGUUUCAGUUGUCGAGGUGUCUGCUCCAGUUGUCGAGGAGCCUGUUUCAGUUGUCGAGGAGCUUGCUCCAGUUGUCGAGAAGCUUGCUCCAGUUGUCGAGGAGCUUGCUCCUGUUGUUGAGGAGCUUGCUCCUGUUGUCGUGCUGCUUGCUCCAGUUGUCGAGGAGUUUGCUCCUGUUGCCGUGCAGCCUGCUCCAGUUGUCGAUGAGCUUGCUCCAGUUGUCGAGGAGCUUGCUCCAGUUGUCGAGGAGCCUGCUCCAGUUGUCGAGAAGCUUGCUGCAGUUGUCGAGAGGUCUGCUCUAGUUGUCGAGGCUCCAGUUGUCGAGGAGCUUGCUCCAGUUGUCGAGGAGCCUGCUCCAGUUGUCGAGGAGCCUGCUCCAUUUGUCGAGGAGCCUGCUCCAGUUUUCGAGGAGCCUGCUGCAGUUGUCGAGGAGUCUGCUCUAGUUGUCGAGGCUCCAAUUUACGGGGAGAUUGAAGAAUGCGACCUCAUCCUUAACGAGCAAGACCUCCCAACAGGAUAUGGCUUUGUCAAGUAUCGGACACUGGAGGAGGCAAUGCAGGUUGUUACUAAUCCACCUAGGAUGAUUCGGCACCGUGAGGUGCAGGUCCAGUAUGCAACGGGGAGAGGUGGUUCUCGGCGACAACCACUGCAGCGACUGCCUCAGACACAGGGACAGAUUCGGGCACUGGGACAGAUUCGGGCACCGGGACAGAUUCGAGCACCGGGACAGAUUCGGGCACCGGGACAGAUUCGGGCACCGGGACAGAUUCGGGCGCAGGGACAGAUUCAGCCACAGGGACAGAUUCGGGCACAGGGACAGAUUCAUGCACCGGGACAGAUUCAGGCACCGGGACAGAUUCAAGCACCGGGACAGAUUCAGGCACCAGGACAGAUUCAGGCACCGGGACAGAUUCAGGCACCGGGACAGAUUCAGGCCUCGGGACAGGCACAGCCACAGCAGGAGGCACAUGGGCAGCAGUAA